CUCUGACAUUGACAUCAAUUGCAACAGAGAUAUGACAUCUAUUUCUAACAUACAGCAUUCUGGUUGGCAUCCAUGUAUGUAUUGUUUAUUCUGUUUGUUGGGGUGUGUUGCCUCUUUACUUUCAAAAGAGAAGAGCACUAGCUAUUGGAGUAGCCAACAGUGGGAAGCAUGUUGGAAUGGCAGUAGUCGGUCCAAUCAGUCGGAUUGCUGUGGCACAGUAUGGGUGGAGAAAGUGUCUUCAGUUAGUUAGUUUGUUGGGACUAAUUAUGAUUAUUUGUGAGAUUUUGUAUCGACCACUAAAGGCCCCAUCUAAACGACUGCGGGCAGAGAGGGAAAAGAAAAUAGUUUGAGUAUUGGACAGAUUGCUGUGGAGUCCAUAAAACUUCAUAGAGAUCCGUUACUUACAUUUUGGCUGCUAAUGAUAGCUCUAUCAACAAAUGAGAUUGUUCCAUCAUAUCACAUUGUUCGUCAUGCCGAAGACAAUCUGAAUGUGAGUGAGGAAAGAUCUGGAUUUCUGCUCACAGUGAUGGCCGUGUCUGCUGCUGUUAGUACAAUGACAGUUGGUCUCAUAUCUGAUUAUUUUGUUCUGCAAUACAAGAUUGUACUCCUACAAGUUCUACUUCUGCUUGCAGGAAUAUCUACAAUGUUAUUUUCGUUUUAUCAGACAUUUACACUUCUGGCAAUUUAUGUGAUGGUUUAUGGUGUGGCGACAGCGUUCACUGCUCUCAUACCUGUUAUUGUAGCAGCUGUUGUAAGUGAAGAAGAGACUACUCUUGCCAUAGGUUUGGCCAGUUUCUAUGUCAGUGCAGGACUUAUUGGCCCACCGAUUGCAGGAUGGAUGUAUGACAGUAGCGGUACCUACAACGAUAGCUUCUUUCUCUUUGGAUUAAUACUUGUCACAGCUGCCGUCACUAUCAGUCUACAUCAUGUCUUUACGCAGUUACAAGCAAAGUCACGUGACCAAGAGCAGAAGGGCUCACCAAUCCAACACAACGACGAGAAAAGAAACUUUCUUGUCUACUGA